AUGCCGCGUGCUCAGGCAGUAGGCCCCAAAUACCGGAAGAAGGGAUCGGGUCGUAAGCGCGCCAAUGCAGGUGGGAAGCAAGCAGUACAGACUCUAACACUUGUGCCGGGACAAACCCCUUUAGGCUUUAAACUUAAAUCAACCGAAGUAGACCCUCUAAUAAAUGAUGGGGCGCAACAAAGCCAAUCAGCAGAUCCUACGGAUGAUUUUUAG